AGUGGAUAUUUGUAACUAUUAGAGGCUUUUAAAUAUGGCGUCUACGUGUAAGUACUUUGAUGAAGAUGCUGUAUAUCGGAUCAAUAAAAAAGGAAUAAUAGAAUUUGGCUUGGUUUUAGAAAAUUCAGAAUUUGUUAGUAGUGAUGAAGAAGAAGAUUUGGAACACAAUAUUCCAGAAUGGGAGAGAAUGAAACGAGGCCACGUAAGAAUCGCAUGGCAUCCGAAAGGCCGCGAAGAAGUGUUGCCGGAAAAAAGGAUGAAACUUCUUGAUCGAUCUUUGAUGCCUGGAGAUGUCGUGAGAAAACUUGUCAAAGGAAAAGACACUCAGCUGGGUUACUGUAGAACAACUAAUGUGCAAGCCAGUGUUCAAGUUUUAGGGACUAAGCAGGUUAUACUUGGAGUCAACAGCAAAGAUCUCACACCACUUGAGGAAUUCAGUUCAGACAUUGCAGUGUUUUUAGACUCUUGGGUAGGAAUGGUAAAAUCAGUGAAGUCUGAGAUAAUUUCUCGAACAUCUGAUGGAUCAAGGUGUGUUCUUUCUGAAGAUGACGCAAUUGACUUAGAUGACAUUCUGGACAAAAGAGAUGUAGUGUCAGAAUUUCGAAGGUAUAGCUUCUAUCCAGGUCAGCAGCUUUGGGGACCAUCUCAUUGCUUAAAAAAUGCAAAAUGGAUACACACCACAAAAGACACGCAGAGCUUCAAGCCAUCUUCCUUUGUAAGAUUGACAGUAGAAAGUGUUCAUAUUAUUUCCAUGGAAGUACAGUGGUUAUGUAGAGCCUUCAGUAGUAAAAUUGGAAGUGAUGCUGGUGUCGAACAACCCAAAAACACUGUUGAGGGUGAUGACUUAAAGAGAGUAAAGAUGAUGCACGUCCUUGAACCCUGUGCUCUUCAAAUUGGGGACAGAAACUUUUAUGUUGUUAAAGAGACUGACAAAAUCUUACCCUUGGAUGAAUGGCGAAGGGAAAUAUCACAUAGACUAUGUCUCGAAAAUGUGUUGGAGUUCACAAAGUCAGAACCUGAACUAACCCAACAAUCAGUCCUGGAAAUGCCAUCACAGGUUGAUCAAAAUUUAGCUUAUGUACCAAAUAAAGAUCAAAAGCAAGUGGAUGAAACUGAUUCAGAGUUUGAAGAUGUAGAUGAUGAUGAUGCAGCUGGUGCCUCAGAUAGUGCUUCUGUGACUAGCUUGUCUACUGCAUCAUCAGUAGAGAAAUCAAAUGCUGGCAUAAAACAUAAAGCCAAAAGAGGCCCAACACUUGUGACGAAGAUGUUGAAAAAGAAAAAGUUGAAGAAAGCAAGAAGAAAACUCAGGAAACAGAAUUUGCUUAUCAAUGUGGGAGACAAAGUUGUGACAGAUACUCUAAUAACAGAAACUUCAGCUGAUGUUGUGUGGCAGGAUGGAUCUGUAGAAUCUCGUGUUUUGUCUUCGGAUCUAUACCCUGUACAUCAUCUAGAUGGGCAUGAGUUUUUUCCUGGUGAUUUUGUAAUAGAAAAUAAAGAUGAUCCUAAAGCUUACGAGUAUGGAGUUGUGAAAUAUGUUGACCACAGUGGCCGUACAGCUCUUGUCAGUUGGAUGAAGACAUAUACAGCUGGAGCUGAUCCCCAACCAAUAUUUCUUUCUGAACAAGAAGUUAGUGUUUAUGACAUCAAAGACCAUCCUGACUUUAAAUACCGUCCAGGGUGUUGUGUAGUUCGAGUGGCUAAUUAUGAAGAUGAUGAUCCAGCAUCUACUGCUGGUCAAGUGGUGGACAUUCAUUCUAGUGGUAAAGUAGAGGUUGUGUGGGUGAAUGGAAAGUCCUCUCUUUGUUACCCUCAAGAGUUGUACCGUGUUGGAGAGUAUGACUCUGAUGAUCUGUGGGAUGAUGAUGAUGAUGAUGAUGAUGAUGAAUCUGUUGGGUCAGAAGAAAGCUGGGAAACAGAGUCAGAAAAUUCUAUAAUGGAAGGAGAUGAUAGUAUUCAGGGGGAUGAAAAACAUAAAGAGGAGGAAAAAGAAGGCAAGGAGAAAGCUAAAGAACAAAAAGAAUCUAAGCAAGAAUUGAAAACUGAAGCUAAUGUUGACAUUUCUGCUCUGCGAGAAAAAUUGUUGUCUAAUAUUGAGAAGAUGAGAUCUGGCAUGGCUAGACUUGAGGAAGUUUUCACUCAAAAUCCCACAUUACAGACUUCAACAGUGAUGAGGAAAUUACUGGAGCUAUAUAAACACUGCAAGGCAAUGGACCAAAUACUUGGAACAAAAUACUUUCAUGAGCCUCAGUUUCAAUCUCUGGUAGACAAGUUGCGGCAACGGGGUCGUGUAAACAGUGCACAACACAUGGCCGAUCAGAUUCUCAGACUUUUCUCUGGAACAGAACAGUGUAAUGAGUGCUCUAAACAAAAAUUGGUACUAAAAGAGAAUGACACACAAUCAGAAAAUCUACUAGCUUCAAGGAAAAAAGAUAUCUGUAUGUGCAAACUGGAUUCAGAACUAGAGUCUGUUUCUCGUUCACUCAAUAAUAUCCAUAUUCCAGUAGACACCAGUGAAGGAAGUGGAACUACUGGGCAGGUGACUUCCAUGUUUUCACAAGGUGGAGGUAGCAUGGAGCCUAGGAAUGUGUGCCGAACUCUGUGCGCUCUCUUAAAGUCUCGACUACUUAAGGCACAUCAAGAUGUUGAACGCUGGUUUGGGAUGUCUUCAGCUGCAUUAGCUACUGUUGGUAGGUCUUCUCCUGCACCAGAGAAAGCGGACAUAGAUGUUGAAGCUACAGAAGAAACAGUAGAUAUCACUAAAACUGUAAAUGGAACAUUUACAAUUCAGAAUGUUAACUCUGUAGACCAAACUGUAAACAUUAAAACUACAGAAUGUAAAGAUGGAAACUUAGAAAAUAUUGAGUUAGUGUCUCAAGGCUUAAGUAUCAACAACAGUGAGUUUAAUAUAGUUAGUAAUAGUGAAUCAAAUACUGAAAUCUUGGAACAUGAAAAAACUCAACAAAUGGAAUCUCAAGAACCUAGAAUAACAAGUACAAAUGAGAAGCUAGAACUAGAAGAAAAAUUGGAAGAUAUGAAGAGUAUUGAUACAGCAGGACAAGGUGUUUUUGCACUGGUGGAGACAGUCCCUAGUUCCCACAAGUUCAAAUUAAGUAUUCUUCAACCUAAUGAUCCUAAGACUUUCUUCAAAACAGUUAAAAAAGAGAUGGAGCUCCUUCGAUCAUCUCUGCCAGAAGGAAUUAUUGUCAAAGCGUUUGAAGACAGAAUGGAUCUUUAUUCAGUAAUGAUAAAAGGACCAAAACGCACACCGUACGAGGAUGGUCUUUUUUUCUUUGACGUCCAACUACCUGCAGAUUACCCUAAUAAUCCACCUCUUUGUCAUUACAUAUCAUAUUGUUCUGACAGAUUAAAUCCAAAUCUCUAUGAAGGAGGAAAAGUCUGUGUUAGUUUGCUGGGAACUUGGGCAGGAAAGGGUACAGAAGUUUGGUCUUCCAAAACUUCUAAUCUGCUUCAAGUAAUUGUAUCAAUUCAAGGCCUUAUACUAGUAGCUGAACCUUAUUACAAUGAAGCUGGCUAUGAGAGACAACGUGGAACCCAGCAAGGCAAAGAAAAUAGUAGAAUGUAUAAUGAAAUGGUCAUCUUGAAACUUAUUCAGUCUUUGACAAGGUUAAUCCAGUCUCCUCAUGAGGCCUUUAAAGAUGAAAUUAUGGAACACUCUAGAGAACAUGCCCCCAGAAUGAUUCAGCGGCUAGAAACCUGGUUAGAAGUAUCAGAGGCAUGGAAUACAACCCAUCCUAUGACUCCAACUACUCCCACAGCUUUCUGGGAAACCCAUAAAAAGAAUGGUAAGUUUGGGGAAAGUUUGAACUUAAUCUCUGACCCAGAAUUUCCUCUUCUACCAGGAAGUAAAGGUUUCUGUCUCACACUUCGUAAAUCUCUUGCAUCUUAUAAAGAAGUGCUCCUGUCAGCAAAUAUUUUAGUUACCUAGAAAUGAGUAAAUAGUUUUAAUAAAUAUUUGUCAUUUCUAGUCUUUCAUACUCCAAUAGUACCAGUUAAUAUAUAUAUAUAUAUAUAUUCCAAUAUGUGCUUGUUGUUUUCACUGUUGUGUAAGCAACAAAAUAAUUGUUUGGCAGAUUUGCUUACAGUAACCAUUAUGUAAAAAUUAAUAAAAUAUGAGAGCAACAAAUUUGAAAGAUGUAUACACUAAGUAUUAUUUAAUUAAGAUCUUUUGAUCUUUUUUGCAAUAACAUACCUGUUAACUAAGUUAAAUGUUUUAUUUAUAGAAUGUAGAUUUUUUACUUCUCAGUAAGAGUUCUUGGUCACAGACAAUAUUAUGUUCCAAUUGUUACUUCUCUAUUUAUCAUUAUUGGAUUUUUUGAGAUUGAGUGACUUAUUAUGCAGCCAAAUUAAUCAAAAUCCUUCUGUCAUUUUAGCGUAGUAAUUAAAACGAAACUAGGUUUUUGUUUCUGUAUUGUAUUUAUACAGGUUUUUUCACGAAAUGAAAUGUCCAAGAUGGGGCAGUUUUGUUCUUUAUUUGUAAAAAUAAAUCUCAAAUUUUCUUCUAUUUUCUUGUGCUUCUAUUUUUUUUUAAUAUAAAGAAAAUUCUAAAAGUAUAAUGCAGGUUUUUCACAUGUGAGAUGUUCAUUUGUUUCAUAUAAUUUUGUUUUCAAAUGUUUUUUAAACAAAAAAUAGGUUAUAACUCCAGAUAAUAUUUUGUCUAAUUCUUUUUGUUCAACAUUCAUUUUAAAUAUUCAACUUUCACCUAUACACAACAAAAUGUUGAGCCAUUUAGUCAAAAGAAUGUCACCAGAAGUUGAUUGGUUGUAAUUUGACUUCAAAAUUCUUUUCACAUUUUCAUCAGCAAAACAAAGUUGAUUCUUGUUGGAGGCAUGUCUGUUUUUACAAGCAUCAGUGUGUAUCACUUUAGUUUGGCCUAAUAGUUAUCAACCAGUAAAUAAAGCUAGAUAAAUCUGUAGUAGCUAAAUUUGUUUACAGUCUCUUUCCGAAUACAGAAGAAAAUUUUCAAUUGCAUUGUUUUUGUAAUACACUAAAAAUGUUACCUGGUUGUAUGUGAAAUAUUUAAAAAAUGUUUUGGUGAUUUCUAGAUCUACUAAACUUUCUUUUUUUUUAUUGAUAAAACUACAAAGAAAAGGAAAUCUCUUGAACAAUUUCUAUGUUAAUAAAAGUCAUUUCCACAUUAAGGAAACUUGAAUCCAGUGCCAGCUUGUUUAAUGCUCUUGUUUUUAAAGCUGAGAGAAGGUAUGGAUAACAUGACUUCAAAAACUAUUAUUGCUCAAGAGUUCUGUAUAAUUGUUUUUAGCUUCCAGUGUGUCUGGUCAUUGUCAGCUGUACAUUCAAGAAGUGUAAUGAUUUAGCGAAUGCAAUUAUUAUCUUAUACGUGUAAGAAAUGAGUUGAAUGUUUGUUUAUAAGUUGACUUGUGUCUUAUCCUCAUUCAGUGUUGUUGUUUUUUACCUGUAAAUACACAAAAACAUGUAGACAAAGAUAAGUUUAUGUAACAUGGUUGCACAAAGAAAAAAAGAAUUAACAUAGUACUUAUAAUUCAGGAACUAUAUGGUGUUAAAAAGCUUUAUAUAAUAAAGAACCGAAAACAAAGCAUUACAUAGUUAUAAAUAUCUCAUUACUUUUAAUUACAAAAAACAACACAAACUUUUGCUAGCAUAAAGCAAUAAGAAAAUCUAUCACUCUAUAUUUUUGUUUUUAUUUUAAUUUACCAAGCUCUUAAAAACUUAAAGAUUGUUGUGUAAUAACAAGACAUAGAGAAUUGACUUAAUUAAUAGACAUGAGUAGUCAUGUGUUGGGUGAUUUCCACAUUAUCAGCUGGUUUUAUUUUUAAUUAUAGAAUGAAUACUUGAAAAACAAACCUUCAUUGAUAUAAUUAUCUUGCCAUUUUUCAAUCCAUGUCUUUUGAAAAAUGUAGUAUCUUUACAAAAUAUAUCCAAUUAUGAAAGAUUAUAAUUUUUGCAAAGGUGGGAAUGCUAUGCCUUUGAAAUUCUUUGUUUGAUUGACAGUCCAGGUUGUGGUUGCUUAAUUUAAUUAUUUAUGUCAAGAGAUACUGAUAUAUUUUUAUUUACAAAAAUAUGUGUAGUACUCUUUCUUAAAUAAGGUUUUUCAGAUUAUUCUCAUUAAAUUAUUGAAUCAUUUUUUUCUUCA